AUGUGGAAAGCGGCAUUUCAGGGCCGCUCUGAGAAGGGCGGCGAGGCAAGUGUCGCGGGAAAGCCCACCAAAGACGAGUCGCAAUCGCGGAAGAAGAAGAGCGGCAGCCACAGCCAUCGCGCCGAGUCAGUCAUCUCAACCCGGGACGAUGAGAGAGACCGCGAACGACGGAAGAGUGGCAGAGCCGGCCGUGUAUAUGACAGCGGCGGCUCCAAAUAUGAGACUGGAUCGUCAUACACUUCCUCUGGCCCGUCGCAGUACGUGACUGCGCCUUCUUCGCGUGUGGGAGAGGUGCGUGCGUUGACUGCAAGUGCUCUGCGCAUGCUCCCGGAUGACGAAGAGGAGUGGGAAGACGACGAGAAAGAUGCGCGCAGUGAGAGGAGUAGGAAGAGCGGGAAGAGGGGAAGUGGCGACGAGAAGAGACGGAAGAGUGCGCGCAGUGAGAAGGAGAGGUCGCGAAGCCAUUCUAGGGAGCGGAGAGAGAAGCGCAAGGAGAACAAGACGACGGAGAAGCCACGCGACAAGGACAGGGAACGAUCAAGACGAGAGCCGGAACUGGUGUCAGAGGGUUCUAGGGCGAUGCCAAUGCCCGGCAGCUUCGAACAGUUUCCCGGCCAGUAUGCUGCUGGCCAGAUGGGACCCUCUGACCCUGCAGUCAUGUCUGGCGCAUUGCCCAGUGAUGCAUACCAACAUCAGUUCCCUGGCCAAGAUCCAUAUGCACGACCUCAGAUGCCACCCUCCAUGCCCAGCCGAGCCGAUUCGUAUGGACAUGCCGCGGACUAUUAUCUUGAUGAAGGCCAGAGUGUGCAACAUCAGCCUGGCCAUCGUGCGGCUACACCAAAUAUGCUGGUGAACCCCGAUCUUCACUUGAUCGCAGCCUCGGCCGAGGCAAAUCCUGCUCAGGAUACUGGCCAUGGAUCUGCUGCGGACUUCUACGGUGGCGAAGUCAGCCCCGUGCCGUACUCGAAGAUCCCGACAACAGCGCCGACAACUCCAGCGAAGGUAUCGAAGCCCUCGGAGACUGGGAAGACUUCCGCGUCUGCCCCCUCGAGCUCAAGCAAGCCGAAACCAAAGACAAAGUCAUCUCGAACUUCAUCCACGGGAGUUGCCGCAGCCGCAGUAGCCGCAGGUGCAGGGAUCGCAGCAUUGAGCGGCUCUUCACAUCAACACUCACAGUCGCAGCAACAAAACACGUCAUCUUCGUCCUACCAGCAAGGCACUAGCUUCACCUCGAAGCCUACGAAACCAACCAGGCACAACUCUGAAGGCAGCGCGUACUACACGGCACCAUCAACGAACAGCACCUACCCUCCGACACUUCCAUCCACCAAUGGCUACGGAGCAGCAAUGACUACUAACACCGGUACACCAGGCAGACAGACUAACAAUUCUAGUUCGAACGUUCCCCUUUACGCAGCUGCCGCAGCAGGGGCCGCAGGCUUGGCAGCUCACGACUACAACCAACAUCACCAACAUAGUGCACACGCGAAUGCUGCAUUUAACACGCAAUCUGGAGGCGGUUAUGGUGGUGGUGGAGGCCAGGGUCCACCAAGAUCACCACGAGCUGGACCCGGUGGAGCAUACUACGGUCCACCAUCAGGCCAAAAUGGCGGCAUGGCUCAGAUGCCAUUCCACGAACACAAAGGUCCUUUGACUCGCAUCAAAGACGGCCUUUUCAACAUCAUCUCGACGCCCGAAGAUGUUGCCAAGAUGGAAAUGUACACCGAAUACAUUGGUGUAUGCAAGCACUGCUUCGACCCUCGUACCUCUGCAUGGGAUGCACCUCGAGUCCACCACUACCACAAACGACGCGACUCCUUCGAGAGCCUGCGAAAACGUAGAUCUGCCGAACGAUUGGGUCGGAUGGGCAGCAGCGAGUCUCUGAGGCGGCAGGGCGGCACGCGUGUUGACAAAGACAACCGCUAUUACGCCUCAGAAAGCAGCAGGCGGAAGCGCGAGAGUGGAGGCGUUGGUAUUCUUGGGGCUGGACUUGCUGCAGCAGGAGGUCUAGCCGCCGCGAAUGCGCUACGCAGUGACAGGCGCGACUUUGACGACACCUACAGCGUAAAGUCUGGUCAUCGUGAGAGCUCAGCAGUACGAAGACGGAGUCGAAGCUCGUCUCGUGAGCAGCGUCGCCAGUCGCAAUAUGGUGUCAUCAGGCCUGACAGGGACGAAUUUGUUACUGUUCGCAAGAAGGAUGGUAGCAUCGAGCAGAGACAAGUCUCGCGCAAAUCACGCUCGAGUUCUCGAGAGCGGAAGUCAUCUGGCAUGUUUGGAGCUGCCGCCGCCGGUGCAGCUUUGGAGGCUGCCGGAAUGGCUGCCAGCUCGAGGCGACACCGGUCACGAUCUCGAAGUCACAGUCCGACUGUCAUCGGCGGCUUCGGGGCGUCUGAGACAAGGUCGAGGCGAAGUGGCCGUAGAUCUCCAACCCGAUCUUCCUACCACGACAUCUCCCGCAACGACAGACCGCAAGAGUCCUCGGGCUUGUUCGGUGGAUUCUUCUCACCACCGCGGAAAGAACCGAAGCGCAGAAAUUCUCCUGAGCACCAGAAGAAGCGCAAGGGUUUCUUCACUUUCAGCAAUAGCUCUGCGUCUUCCUCGAACUCUGACAUCGCGUUUGGCGAAGGCUUUGCGAGCAGAUCAAGCCUUGGCUUGAGCAGAAAAUCCUCCGUCCUGUCGAACAGAUCUGCCAGGCGAACUUCUGGUCGAGCUUCCAGGAAGAGGUCAGAUGAUCACCUUGGUGCCACAAUUGCCGGCAUUGGCGCUACAGCGGCAGCAUUGGCUGCCGCACAGAGAGGCCAUCGCAUCAGCAAGCGCACGAGCAGACCGGAGCUUGGCAGGCGGAGAGACGUUCGCCACAGCCAUGCUGAUUCGUCCGACGAGGAGUGGGAAGACGAGCUGCCAUCCGACGUCGAUGACUCGUCGAGUAUUGAGGGUGGUCUUGCAUACGGCAACGAAGAUCGACGUCUUUCUGGUCGUCAAAGCAUGGACAGUAUAGCAUCGCAAUCCUCUGCCGGUGGCCUUGGCGCUUGGGGCUGGAGAUGGGGCGGCAAGGACAAGAAGAGAAGAUCAAGACAAUCUUCUUCUCAACAACCAAUGUACGAUCAGCGCACUGGUAGUGCUUUUGCUGCUCCAGGUCUUGCUGGCCUGGCCGCUGGCGCUGGUGCAGCUGCAGCGUUCGACACAAGUAGGCCGAUGGACAAGCCGGUGUACCUCGAUGAUACAGGCCGACCAUUGCCAAGUCCAGCCAGUACCUCUACCGCAAGUGGACCUACUGGCCCCCUGCAGUAUGUUGACCCAGCACCAAUCUCAGAUGUCGGCACGCCGUCAAGGUACUCCUCGAUGCCUGGUUCUUUCGAUGAAGGCGUCCCUGUCUCGCGACCUGGUCCAGAUAUUCUCCGAGCACCACAACCGAUCUCUCCCGCGCAGCCAGCGUUCACGCAGAGCCCGCCAGAGCUUGAAAGUCCUACGCAGUAUCGUCCAGGUCAUCCACGCCGUGCAAAUUCAAGCCCAACACGUGGGCAUUUCGCUCAAGAUGCUGCGCUUAUUGGUGGUGCAGCGCUCGCCACUGCUGGAGCCAUUGCUGGUAUGUCUAGCAUCUCCGGCCGAUCUGGUCGAGACAAGGAGGCUAGCCGGGUAAGCUUUGGCUUUACCGAAGAACAACAGGCUAAGGAAGACCGUGAGCAUCGUCGUGAGCAGAAGCUGGCUGACGAAGAGAGGCGCCGAGCCGACCGGACCAGGGCACUCAAGGAAGAGGCUGACCGAGCUGCGAAGGAAGCACGACAAGAAGAAGUCCGCCGCCAACGUGAGGAAGAAAAUCGCAAGGCGGCUGAAGUCAGGCUUGAGCGGGACCGUGCUGCACAGCGCGAAACUGAAGAGCGUGCUGAGCGCGAGCGACAAAAUGAAGUUGCCAGGCUCGAGCGAGAACGCACUGCACAGCGCGAAGCUGAACAGCGAGCCGAACGCGAGCGACAGAAAGAAACGGCUCGUGUGCAGCGUGAGCGACUCGAGCAAGAGGCUCGGGAUCGACAGGCUGCUGCGAGUGCUGCGGCCGCCGAGGUCGAAAAGCAUCGUAAAGCACGAGAAGAAGCUGAGAGACGUGCUGAGAUUGCAGAGCGUGAGCGUCGUGAACGAAAUGAUGCUUACGCUCGUGAGCAAGCACGACUCGCUGAUGAAUACCAGCGUCGACGUGAGGCAGAAGAGCAGAACCAGUAUGAUGCCUAUGCUCAACGAUAUCCAAGCCAAAGUCCGGAAGAGGAGCGCAAGCAAUGGCCGUCGGCGCGGCAGCAGACACCGCAGUACGGCAGUCAGAGUCCAGAGAGUGAGCGAAAGUAUUCUUCUGGUUGGGGCUCCGUGGCGGCAGGUGCUGCAGCUGCGGCCACUGUUGGUGCGGUCAUGGCUGGUCGCGAGCAUGACAAGAAACGUGAUCGCAAGAAGAGUCGCGAUGAUGGUUAUUCCGACAAAGGCCACCAGGAUCACUCUGAACAGCGAUACGGCACCUCUUGGGAGUCGGCAGAGAAGAAUGCUUCCUCCCGUGAACCUGAAGGACGUGCUGAACUUGAACGCAGAGCUAGCGAGAAAUAUGGUCGCGGGCAGACGGGUGUCGAGGUUCGCGAUGGGUAUGCAGCUGCCGAAAUCAAGCCAAAGAACGAGCACGAGGGCGAGCCACUCAUGGAUGAUGACAUCUACGAUCCUGACUUCUUCAAGAAGAAGCAUACUGCGGUCGAGAAUGCUCGCUACGCGGAGUUCGCACGCAAGGCUGCUGAUAAGGUCGUCCAUGACAGAGAACAUGCAUACGAUGACGACAAGAACACGAGCUACGCAGAUUUCUUCGCGCCCAAAGAGCUUCUUGCCAAAGAAGCAGAAGGCAAGACCAGACCUGUCAGCCCAGAUGGUGACAUGGAUAUGCAGGUCUUCCACCUGCGCGAUACUGAGAUUCGUUCUUCUUUCGGUUCAGACCCAGACCACCGCCACGGCAGGAGUAAGUCUGCACCACAUGGCGUGCCGAGACUCAAUGUCAUUGCGCCAACUCCGCCCCCUAGCUCCGCAGAGAGCAGUCCGCUGCGAUCGAAAGAGCACACUAAGUCGCCACUGUCGAAGGAACAGGUCAUAGAACUUGCCAACGAGUUGAACAAGUCGUCCGUCUCGCAAUCUCGCAGCGAGAAUUCUGAGCGCAGUCGAAGCAUUUCUUGGGGUGAUGACAGCACGCAUUACUAUGAUGUGGACACACCGGACUCGCACCCAGAUCGCGACUCGUACAUCACCAGUCCUGACAUUCGCAACAACCGUGCUACCACAGCUGCAGCUGGCGUAGCAGGUGCGGCAGCGGCAGGUGCUGCUCUGCAUGAGAUCGUCGUCGAAGACCCCAGCGGCGGUGAGCGUCGUUACACGGAAGAGGAAUGGCUGCGUGAUGAGGAGCGUGAUACUCAGGCUGGCGCGGAUGAUGAUAGGGAUGUCGAAGACAUCACCCCAUCACCGGGACCAGGACCUCGCGACUUUUAUCAACAGCCGUUCUUUGACUCUGUCUCCGACAUGGGCACAGGAAUCUUCAACGUGAGUUCACCUGGCACUAGGAAUGCGCCACCUGCAAGAGGGUUUGUCGAGGGCGAGACAGACGAGCCUACGCCCGUCGAAGAGAAGAAACCUCGCAUCCCCGGCGGCUUUGACGAUGACAUGGAUGACAUUUACAGACCGAGACCAAAGCGCGAUAAUGAUCCCGUCACUGCCGAGAUCCAGAAGGAGCAAGCCGCUGCUGCCGUUGCUAGCGCCGCAGAAGAAGUCAGCGACCGGGAACCACCUCUCAGCAAGAAAGAGAAGAAAAAGCGCGAGAAGGAGGCAAAGAAAAGCAGCAGUGUGGUCGAAAGUGAGCCUAGCACGUACUUCGCUGCUGAGCCUGAGCCUGUUCCUGAGCCCGUCGCGGAGCCUGCUUGGGAGCCACCACUGUCCAAGAAAGAGCAGAAGAAGCGUGAAAAGGAAGCCAAGCGCCAGAGUAUCGUCGAGGAAGUUGAAUCGCAAGAGCCUGCCCCGGUCGCUGAGCCUGCAGUCGUUGCAAGUGAACCAGCAUGGGAACCACCACUAUCUGCCAAGGAGAAGAAGAAACGCGAGAAAGAAGCCAAGCGUCAAAGCAUCGUCGAAGAUAACGACAUUCCCGCCUCGCUACCAGCUAACGAUAAUAAGACCGUUGUCGAGGAGCCCGCGUGGGAACCACCGCUCUCUGCUAAAGAGAAGAAGAAGCGCGAGAAGGCAGCCAAGCGCUCGAGCGUGGCAGAAAGUGAUCCUCCAACGCCUGUUAAGGAGCCCGAGCCUGUGCCGUCGCCAACGAAACAGGUUGCCAUCGAACCUGAAGGCGACGACUUCCUCAGCAAGAAAGACAAGAAGAAGCGCGACAAGGCACGGAAGGAAUCUGGUGAUCUUGCUCACUCUAUUGAUGAUCUGCCUGCAGAGCCAAAGCCGAUCGAUCUUCAAGAAUCUAGCAGUAGCGAUCAGCCUGCUGCAGAUGAACAGGAGGAUCCUCUCAGCAAGAAGGACCAGAAGAAGCGUGACAAAGAGCGCCUUGCAGACGCUGCUAUCGCAGCUGGAGGCAUUGCUGCAGCUGCGGCGGUCCUCGACAGCACAGAAGACUCUACGUCCGGAUCCAACAAGAAGAAGAAGGGAAAGAAGUCAAAGCUUGGCGAGCCAAGCUACGAUGACCCUCGCGAUCUUCCAAGUGAUUUACCUCCGGCACCUGAGCCGCCUCGUUCGGAGCCACAUGGCAUGCCAGGUGGUUGGGACAGCGAUCGUCGCGAGUCCGAGGAGAAUGUUGAAGACGAUGUCGCACAAAAGGCCACAGAAAAGUUCGACGAAAAAUCCUCCAAAGGUCCGUCUCAGUACCAGAUGCCAGAGGAAAGUACCAAGACUGUCGAGCCGGAGACACCAGUCGAGGAUGACUGGGCGAACUUUACAUCGUCAUCGAAGGAAUCGAAGAAGAAGAAGAAGAAGAGCAAGCGAAACAGCGCGGCUUUCAACAUCCCAGAGGUUAGCUCACCGCUCCGUUCUGAAAUCCCAUUUGACGACUAUGUGAGCGCCAACGACAGGAAAGCGGGCCCAGAACCGUAUACCAAUGGGUACAGCAAGGAUGACGAGUCUUCACGAACAGAAGAUUUGGCAUCAUCCCGCGAGUUUGGCAAAGCUAGUAGCAGCGGAUCGCGCGACACAGGCUACUUUGACGAGCCGCGCAGAAGAAGCGAUAGCCCAAAGCAGACCUCGCCCGAAGACACGCGCUCCUCAACUUCCGAUGAACGCAAAUCGCGACGCGAGGAAGCACGGAGAGGUAGCGACUAUUACGAUGAGCCCUCGUACGCCUACGAGACUGCAUCAGUUGCCGGUACUGAGCUUGGCGGUGAUUACGAGCGCUCUAGCAAGUCGAAGAGACGCUCUAGACACGCCGCCGACGACGAUGAUACUCGUUCGGUCGUAUCGACCAGAUCUCGUAGAGACAAGGACGAAUCGUCCUCCGACAAAAAGAAAGAAAAGAAGGGUGGCCUCUUUGGUCUCUUUGCUCGCACCAAGUCAACUGAUGAUGUCGUAAAGUCGUCUAAGGACGAUACGUCACUCAGUCGAACCUCGACUUGCGACAGUAAGCGUGACGAUGAAGAUGAAGAGUCUAGGCACCGUCGCAAACAUCGUUCCCGAUCUGAAUAUGGCGACGACGAUGAUGACACAAAGAGUGUCAAGUCAUCCGGCAAGAGCAGACGCCACAGAUCCGAGAAGGGCAGCGAUGAAGACAGCAAAGAGCGUCGAAGACGCAGCACGCACGACGACUACGAUCGAUCAUCGCCCGCUCGCAGCGAGUCUGGACAUCGGCACCACCGUCGACGAGGAACUGAUGAUGUCGGCGACAGCUUGUCAAGACGCGACAGCCGAGAGUCUCGUGGUGCAGCUAGUGAAAGCGGAGGCCGUCAUCACCACCGAAGAAGGACUGACGAAGACGCCUACGGCGCAGGAUCAAGAGAUCAGUCUUUUUUAGGGAUGCGGGUAGAGGAAAUGCCGCCUCUGCCCGUUAGUCGUCCGGCAAGUCCAGAAUCGGCCGCCAAACAGCAGAGAGAAGGCAGCUCUGCUGAGGCCAAAUCUGGCGUCGGGCUGGUGACAGGUGCUGCUAUUGCUGCAGACCUACGUGCUGCUGUCGGGGCUGCGUUCGCUGAUCGUGAUCAGGAAACGAGGGCACCGUCUCAGCGUGAUAUUGCUAAAGAGCACCACAACGAUGAGCAUGCCGAUCACGCUGCUCCAACCCUUGAAUCAUCUCCUAUGCUAGAGACACCUUCGCGUCCGGUGUCGAUGGGCAGACCAUCGUCUUCGACUGCAGUGCCCUUGCACUUCCCAGGACGUGCUCCGCAGACACCUGGGAGUGCGAAAGAUCGAGCUCACAGCUUCAGCUCACCGGCUGUUCGAUCGCCCGCGACGCCCGUGUCGCCGAAUGCAACGCGAACUCGCCAAGGUCGUCCUCAAUCAACAGAGAUUCGCCCACUAUACCUUGUGGAGCGCAAUCGUCAGACUCCAGAUGUGGAAGAUGCUCUACCGAGCUUACCAUCAAGCAAGCCUUCAAGUCGUGCUUCGAGUAUCCAGGGCAGUGAUGAGAACUACCAGUCCGCUGUCGAGGAGCUGGACUUCGACUCGCCGAACCGAUCACGAGCUGGAACACUCACUCUCGAUACCGAAGAAGCCAAUGCUUAUCGAGAUGAUCCUCUUGGAUCUGGAGAGGUUACGCCUAAAGCUUCUGAGUUCCACAGUCUUCCAGGCUCUGGUGAGAAGGCACCGAAGCAAGAGCCGCAGUUCUACACCUGGGAGGACUUCGCGCAGGACGAGCGCUUGCAUGAACAAGACACCAAGCCUGUUGAAGAGGCGACGGCUGACCCAUCGCUCGCCCAAGCCACUCCAGGCCUUAUCAUGAAACAGGAUCAAUUCUCGCGCAGUAGAUCGAAGUCGCCGGGCAAACAGUCGAGCGCUUUCAAGUCGGCCGCUGCUGCGGCUAUGCUUGGUACUGCUGCAGUUUAUGCUCAUCACAAGAGCCACGACGGCUCGCCUGAGCGGGUCGUUCACGACGACAAGACGCCGCAAUCCAAGGCAACCUAUGACUAUCCACUUCCGGCACCAAUCGAAGAGACUGCACGAGAGCGAGAGGUUGCAAAGGCGCCAAUACUGGAGGAAGCUCCACCUUUGUCACGUACAACUUCGUCCAAGAAGAAGAAGGGCAAGAAGGGUAAGAAGCAGCUCUGGCAAGAGGCUGAACCCGAGACUUCUGAUGCUCAACCGUCUCUUGGACCUGAGAAGGUCACGGAGAUCAUCGCAAGUGCUACGCCUGAUAUUGAGCUUGGGCCUGCGGGAGCACAGGACAUUGAGGCUUUUCGCGACAUCGGAGAUUAUCAUGAAGACAGUGUACCAGACUCUGCCGCUACAGAAGUUGGGACUUGGUCCUCCGACCGACGCGGGACAGGCGCGUUUCUCGAUGCGAGUUCUCCUGCCGGACAGAAUCAGACCAAGACGGAGGAUGAUCGCUUCUUACCAUCCACUGCCGCUCAUACUCUGCCAAAAUAUGACGAGGACUUCUUCUCCCGCCUCUCGGGAGAGCAGGGCAAGUCCACAUCCGGCAGUGGCAGCGGAGUAGCAACGCCAUUCAUGGCUGUACCCACCCCUGCCGAAGAAGGCGUGGAAUGUGAACUGCAUGGCGACAUGUCGAAGGAGGAUCAGGCGCGGCCAGCUACUUCGUACAAUCUGCCGACUGCCAAGGCCGAACCCGCUCCGCUUGUGAUCGAACAACGCAAUGUCGAGGCUGCCGAGCCACAGACAUCAGAGCCAGUCUCAGCACCCAAGCUCACGCGGAAACAGUCAAAAAAGAGCAAGAAGAACGGCAAGACCGCCAUGCUCUGGGAGGAAGAGUCAAGCGAGCCAGCCACAGAACAGCCGUUGCAGCUCGACACAGCCUCUGAAGCCACCACUAGCCGCGAACUGGCAGAUGUACCAGAGGAGCCGCUGACUGCUAUUGAAAAGGACGAUGCCGGGCUUGAUGCACAACCUUGGCUGGCCGAAGGCUCCUCCGAAAGUCAGGACGUUCCUGUCGCAGCACAGUUCAACUUUGGUACACACGACUUCAAUCAGCUUGCGGAGGGCAACAGCACGAACUGGCAAGAUGCUCAAGCCCAAGCUUUCCAACACUCCAUGACAUCGAAGCCGAGCUCCAUGACUUCAGUGGUUGAAGGACAACGCAUCGAGUCGGAAGAUACUUCCUUCGAGCCAGCCGGGUCAAAGAAGAAGGGCAAGAAAGGCAAGAAGAGCAAAACUCCGACAUGGUCUGAAGACACCACCUCGGAGCCCUUCGGGCAGGCCAAGGAUCACGAACAAGCAAGCACGACCGAGCCAGUACAAGAGUCAUCCGGUGUAGCUUUGGUUGCAGGUCUUGGCGCUGCUGCAGCGGCCAUCGGCAUCGACGUGCCAUUGGAUAAGAAGUCCAAGAAGAAGGCGAAGAAAGACAAGAAACGACAGUCUGCGUCCUGGGAGGACUUCAAUGAGGUUCCCCAGCCGAGCCCACAAUCAGCUGUUCAGCACCCAAUCAUCGAAGACGAGACCCCAGCUAUCGAUACUAUUAAUGAGCAGGUGGUCGCAGCUACACCAGAACUUGACCUCGGGCCUGUUGGCGCAAGAGACAUCGAUGCUUUCUAUGACCAACCUGCUCAGUUCUCGAGCGAACAAGACGCUGCCGCCACGCCAGAGCUUGACCUUGGUCAUGUUGGCGCGACCAACAUUGAUGCAUUCGAGAGAGGUGCCGAGACACUUGAGAUGUCUCGAGGAAUCGAGCCAGACGUUGCAGAAGACAUUUUCCCGAUCAAGUCGAAGAAGAAAGGCAAAAAGAGCAAGAAAAUGGCAGACCAGGCAGAAUCUUCUGGGCCUGUGUCGCGAGCCGAGAGCCCUUCCGCUUCGCGACAGAUGUCCAUGGAUGAUAGUGCUUUUGUCGACGCAGAGGAAUCUCAAAAUCUCGGUGCCGCUCAGCCAGACGCAGUCAAUGCGCAGAUCAAUUUGGACAUGAGUCCUGUCGCGGAGCCUGCACCUUCUGUCAUCGAAGACACACCUUUUGUAUCUGGCAAGAAGAGCAAGAAAGACAAGAAAAAGAAGAAGUCCGCGGCAUUCUUCGAGCCCGAGCCAGAAAUACCGCAAGAGUCGGCGACUCGGAGCGUGUCUCAAUCGAGGAGAGUGCCAGCUGACGAGUCUGCCUUCGUUGACGCGAGUGAACAGCAGGUGUCUGAAGAUGUCUCGGAAAUGCCUCAGCCAAUUCAAGAUCCGGCGACUGUUGAGCCUACGUUCGAGACUGCUGCGCAGGAAGACGGCUUGGGAGAUAGUCUGUCUCGAGAGCCACCCUCUUCUAAUACCCUCGAAUCCUUUGCGCCAGUCCCCGGAAAGAAGGCGAAAAAGAGCAAAAAGAAGCAGCAACAAAGCUUCGAUUGGGCAAGCCUUGAUAGUAGUGCUCCCGGCACACCAGAGAAGCGCACAUCUUCACCAGAACGAGUCGAUCUGGGACCCGUCGGUGCACAAGAUACCUCAGCAAUCGAUGCUUGGGCUGCACCUGGAAACAUGGCGACAGAUCAUGACAAACUUGAUCUAGGACCCGUCGGUGCUCAAGACACCACCGCGAUUGAUGCCAGUCGCGCGAUAGAGGACUCAAAUACUCGCGAAGAGAACCCUGAUCUCGGUCCAGUCGGCGCCCAAGAUACAACAGCAUUCGAGGCCGGCCUAACAGGGAACGACGCAGCUCGUGGAUAUUUCGAUCUUGGUCCCGUUGGUGCACAAGACACGAGCGCCUUCACUGAGACUGAAGAGGUACCCAAGAUUGUGCCGGAGAACGAUUCCGCUCCUGCCAAGUCUUCCAAGAAGAGCAAGAAAGACAAGAAGAAGAAGAAAUCGACCACCUUCGAUUGGGAGAAUCCUGACCCAGAGUCUGGAGCAAGCACUCCAGUACCAGAGUCGCGUGAUGAGCUAGGCUCUGUGCCAGUAAGUGACACGACCAAGGAUCCAAGCCCCGAAGACGUCCCUACACCAGCAGCUACUUUUUCUGAGGAGCCUCUACAGGAGGAGAACCAUCGCGAUGUUGCGGAGGUGUCAUUGCCUGCAGAGCUUACCGUAGAUGACCUCACGCCUGCAGGUAGUUCCAAAAAGUCCAAGAAAGAUAAGAAGAGGCGAAAGUCUGCUGCGGACGGGCCAGCACCUGACGUUGAGACUACUGCGCCAGUGUUCGAACCCCAGGGCGAUGACUCCGAGCCCAGCACUCCUGCUGUGGCAGAACAGACUGAUGUCAGUAAAUCACCAGACACUACUGGCGAGGUUACUGAGGCAGAUGCCGCCGCGGUAGAGCCCGCCACUGAAGACUUCUCUGCUCCAAUUUCUGCAAAGCAAGCUAAGAAGGACAAGAAAAAGAAGAAGCAAUCAGCCUUUGCUUGGGAUGAGCCAGAAGCUGAGCCCGUGUCAACGUCGCAGACAGAUAUUGGUCAGGUCGAGAAGAAUACGGCGGACAACGUUGAAACGCCGAACGAGGAGGUUGAGUCUGCCCAGGGCCCGAUUAUCAACGAAGAGGACCAACAGCCACCCAUCACCGAGACCGCGCCAGAAGCACACGACCUUGCAUCCGUGUCGACCAACAAGAGCAAGAAAGACAAGAAGAAGAAAAAGCAAAGCCUCGGUUGGGAUGAUUUCGAGCCGGCACCAGAGCUUGUGCCAGAGCCCGUGUCUGUACCGACAGAGGACGUCACUGUCGCAGCGGACGUCAGUCCGCCUCGAGCUGACCAGGUCGAUGAAAAUGGGACAUUGCCCGUCAGAGAACGCACUCCUGACCAGACGGAGCCUGCCUUGACUGAGGAUGUUGCUCGUGACACCCUUGAGGACUUCCGCCCACAAGAUGAAGAGCCACUGGUCGAUGCACCCAUCGAGGAGGAGUUCAAGCCUACACUUUCCCGCAAGCAGAGCAAGAAGGACAAGAAGAAGAAACUUCAACAGCAUUUGGAGGACCUUGCGCCCGGGGAGGCACCAGCCUCAGCUCCUCCUGGAGAGCAACCUUCAUCUAUCGCACCAGUGGACAAUCAAGAGGUCAGCAGCGAGGCUAAGAUCUUUGCACCUUCAAGCGAAGAGGCUGUCGAGGAGUCUGGCCGAGACAUAAACGAAAUCGCUGAUGCCCCGAAGGACCUAUUGGUGGAAGCACCAGUUGACGACGCGUUCAAGCCAAGUCUUUCGCGCAAGCAGAGCAAAAAGGACAAGAAGAAGGCGCUCCAGCAGUCUCUUUGGAAUCUCGAGUCGGAGACUGGAGAGGACGAGCACGCCGCGAAGGAAGAGCUCGAGCAGAGCAGCUCUGCCGUUGAGAAGCCACUUCUGGAUGUGGCUUCCCAAGAGGCUGACAGUACUGGAGUCGUGGAACCAUCAGCCGAAAUGGGCGUCCACCCGCCGCAAACUGAGGCUCAACCUGCUGAUGAUAGCGCCACCGACAUAGCAACAGAAGCCCCAGCGCUCCACUCGACGCAGUUGGUUACUGGUGAAGUUGAAAGCGAUGUGCUUACUUCGAAACUUCAAGAUGAGCCUCAAGACGACGUUGAAUGGGCUUCGAGCUCCAAGAAGAAGAGCAAGAAAGGCAAGAAAGGCCGCAAGGAUGACCGUGUCACGCCAGAUGAACCCGAGCAACCGGCUCUCGAUGACCUUUCUAAAGCUAUUGGUGAGAUGGACACCUCAUUGCCUACGGCAUCAGGUCACGACGAAGUCACCGCAACAGAUCAAGAAAUUCCGGCUGUCGCUAAGAUCGAAAGUCAAGCAGCCGAGGCAGUCCCAGAGGACGACUCGGCCUGGGUCAACACUUCAAAGAAGAAGGGCAAGAAAGGAAAGAAAUCUCGACAGUCGCUACCUAGCACUCCACCUGUGCUCGAAGAGUCUGCAACCAUUCUCGAGCCAGAGACGAGCCAGCAGAAACAUGAAGAUAGUCCUUCCGAGGUCACGGCACCGUUGGCGACUUCAAUCGAGAGGCCAGACUCUGUGCUGCCUUCUUCAGACGACAGCCAAAUGCCUACGCAAGCGGUAGAGCAGGAAGAGGACUUGACUUGGGCUCCAAGCUCCAAGAAGAAGAAGAAAGGCAAGAAUACCAAGCAAGACCAAGACGAGUCCCAAAAAGACGUCAACGAUAAUACUUCAGUACCGCAAGCUGUGAAACAAUCCACGGAGCAAUCGACAGAUCUACCACAUGUCGAGGCUUCUGACCUUCCGAAGGAUGAGUCAUCGCGCGAGUUUGUCGCAGAGACCGCCCACGCUGCCGAAGAAGAACCUCUAGAUGAUACGUGGGGCUUUUCGACAAGCUCGAAGAAGAAGUCGAAGAAGGGUAAGAAGUCGGCAACAAGCACUCCUGCAUCUCCACCUACGGAGCGACAACCUGCGCAGGACAGCACUACGCUCGGCGAAGAUCUACCAGCGAGUGGGUCUCAGCAAGAGAUCUUGUUCAACGAGGAGGUUAAUCCCACGGAACUUACAUCUUUUGAUCCUGAGCCUCAAGCUGGCGAAGUUGUACAGGAAGACGAUGCUACACCAGAUGACGCCGCCUGGGCAUCAAGCUCCAAGAAGAAGGGCAAGAACGGGAAGAAGUCUCAAGACAUCAAGCAAGAUGACUUCAUCAACCAGUCAACCGAGGACUAUGCUACACCAAUGGAGAUAAGCACAGGGCCUGACGUUGGUACCAAAGAAGCCUCCGACGACCAGAUACCGCUGUCUGGAGAAGUGGCUUCUUCUACAGAAACACCUGCUGAAGUCGAUCUCUGGGAGGCACCUGCCUCGAAGAAGAAAAAAGGCAAGAAAGGUAAGAAGUCAGGCUCCGGCCUCGCCACGCCGAUCAGCGAACCUGCCGAGCCUAGCGUCGAGGCUGCAUUGCCUGUCACGGAGACACCCGACGUGAUUGAUCAAGCUGCCGAGUUGCCGGUUGUUAACCUCGAGCCUGCCGAAACACCAUUGAGCGAGAAAGAGGUCGUACGCGACCUGCAAACUUCUACGCCACAUGAAGUAGAGGACUCAACAACCGUCGCUAAGAAUGAUCCAGCGGUCGACCUUGAAACCGCCGUUGCUGAAAACGACAAACCCGCUAAAGAAGACCCGCAGGACUUAUGGGCCUCCACGACAUCGAAAAAGAAAAAGGGCAAGAGGAACAAGAAGGGGUCAGGCAUCGUAACUCCGCUUGCGGAGAAUCUCGACUUGGAGUCUUCGCAACCUGUGACCGAUCUGGCAGAAUCCUCGAGAGACGUCGCGCCGUCCAGCAAUGACACUCAUAUCACAAGCGGUCUCGAGGUCACGUCCAACGAGCCCGCCGUCAUGACCCAUGAUGAUCUCGAAAAUACAGCGGAAAUUCAGACUGGGUACGCGGAUGACCACGAGGGCCCGGCUCAUGACACAUUUGACGAUGUCUGGGCUGAAGAGGACAUCACAACUCACGAGGACACCGCUACAGUGCAGGAUCUGUUUGAGGAGCCCGCUGAAGACGCUAGAAGCUCUUACACACCCGCAUCCAAGAAGGGCAAGAAGAAGAAGAACAAGGGUAAGAAGGGCUCCUCAGCCGGCCUAUCUCUAAGCAAUGACACUCAAGCGCUGGAUACAGACUCGCCUGUCGAUCAGUCACUAUCUGCUGCAAGGCAAGAGCCCUCAAUCGAAACUCCUGCUCUUGCGCCGACGGACGAGGACGCAGGCGUUGAACUGGUCCCUCACACCACUACAUCACAUGAGAUCAAUACCGGCACCAGGGACAUGCCAAGCGAGGUCGUAGAUGUCGCACAGCCUGAAGUCAACGAUUCCCUUGAUGACACUACAACGGCACCUACAAAUAUCGAUCAAGAGCCAGAGCAGAUUGACGAAGUCGAUCCUCGGGCAACUGAAAGCGGCAGCAAGAAAAAAGGCAAGAAGAACAAGUCAAAGACCACGGACCCUUGGGCGGACUCGCCAGCUGAAGACACUGCAGCAGAUGUCUCUACCGAGAACACGAACAACGAGCCAACGCAACCUGCUACUGUCGAUGCUGGUUCGCAGGCACAGACGGUGGUCGAGCCAAUGGUUGACCAAAGUGAUGCAAUCCCUGAACAGCGAGAAGAGAGUGCCAUCGUUGACGAUGAAUGGGCAUUACCGAAGGCUGGCAAGAAGAAAGGAAAGAAGGGAAAGAAGACCCAGCUCGAUGCAUUUGAUGCGCUGAAGAACGACACUGCCGCCGAUGCGACCCCAAGCAGCGAACCCUCGGCUCCCGUAGAGACACCCGAUUCUACCGCCACGCACACGUCGAUCGACUCUGAAGAACCUGCGAAGGCAGAAUCGGAUGAUGUCUGGGCGUUGCCAACCAAAGCCAAGAAGGGAAAGAAGGGCAAGAAGGGCAAAGCAAUGCUCGCUUUGGACGAGGAAGUGCCUUCAAGCACGACAGACGGCCAGGACGCCACAGCAGACUCGAGGUCGACUACCGAGCUAGUUGACGCACCAGAGUGGCCUGAAGAGCCAAAAAUGGCUGGUGAUGCAUUGCACGAACAAGAGAGUGAAAAGAAACCGGAAGGCCCAAGCAUUGUGGAGCACCAGAACAAUGCAUUGGAGGAACAAGCACCACUCUCUGCUGAACCAGGAGAAGCCGAUCAGACCAUCACUCCGGGGCUUCUGCAAACUAUGGAAGGUGAGGCCCCAGUCACGGAGGAGCAGGGCAGCGAAGCUUUGCUUCCUUCCAAGAAGAGCAAAAACGAUAAGAAGAAGGCAAAGGCCCGCGCCUCAAUGGCAGAUGACUUCCAACCAGAGCCGACCAGCGAUAUGCCAGCUACUACCGACUUGGCGGAAGCUGAUCACAGCAAGAUUUUGGGCGCAGCGGCAGUCGCAACUGCAGCUCUAGCUGGUGUAGUGGCAUCCCAGUCCAACGAUGACAAGCCAGAAGAGGAGGACUGGGCAGGCUUCUCCUCAAAGAAGUCGAAGAAGGACAAGAAGAAGGGGAAGAAGAGCGGCACUGCUACGCCUGUCGUCGACAGCAACGAACUGCCCGUCCCAGCCGACACUGAAGUUACGGACUUUGCGCCAGUGCUAGAUGUUGGGCUCAAGGACCAGGUGGCGCAAGCCGUGAAUGUGGAGGACCCGCCAGCAGUCGCCGAAGAGAACGAUGAUCUCAACACUUUGAAGGAUAAUCCCGACGAUGCGCUCUCACCGCGAUCACUUGAGAUUCUCAAAGCGCAGCCGGAGACUGCUAACAUCGUCGGUGACUACGCGCCAACGGCUCACCUUGAGGAUCAGACAACAGCCCCAGCGAACGAUGUCGAUGCCGCUACAGAGCGUGAGGCUGCAGACACAUCGGCCGAUCAUGAGCACAUCUGGUCGACGCAUGCGGAAGAGACCAGAACGACCUCGCCACAUCAUCCAUCACAGGAUAUAGACUUCACCGCUACUGUAGCCGCAGGCCUUGCCGACAGUGGUUUCAAUCCCGACAUGGUCAUCAACGAUCCGGUCUUCCAACGUCGAGCAUCACCACCAGGAACCAUUCCCGAAGCUGAUCCUGAUGAAGUCUUCUCAACCACCACCACGAAGCGCAAAAAGGGCAAAAAGAACAAGAGGUCCACCGAGAUCUCCGAAGGCCCCGCCGACGAGCAAGCGACCCCUGCAAACGAAGUGGCUACCGACAGCGCGCCGGCUGAUGACUUCAACGAUGCCAUAACUCAGAGCCUGCAAGGUACAGGCUUUGACCCUGCGCUUCUGGAGAAAGCUCUGGCAUCAGGUAACGACCAGUCAUCGAAGGUUGCAACCGAAGAUCCAAACGAGAUCUCCUUCACGACUACCAAGCGCAAGAAAGGGAAGAAGGGCAAAAAAUCCCAAGCAGACCAGUUCAGCGAAACGCCAACUGAUCAAGAUGGCCCUCCAAUUACCACGGAUGCUCCAACACAUGCUGCAGAGCCACCGAGUGAGCCCCUGCACGAGCUGACAGGCGAUGAGCCUACCGUUGAUCGUGAAGACGGAGAUACUGCACCGUCACAUUUGUCAGCAUCAAAGACGCGAGCAACCGAGACAGAUAUGCCACAACAGACUGGCAGUCAAGAAGAGCCACAGCUUGUCAACAUACUCAGUGUAGGCCGUGAUGAGAUGGAUAUGGACGAGAUGGACCGGCAGUACAAGGAGUACAGGAAAAAUAAACGCAAGCAAAAGAAGCUUAAGGGUGCUGCCAGAGCAGCUGGUCUUUCUGACAAUCCUGAAAGUGCCACUGAACAAUCUGCCAUGGUCUCUGAGACCGAAGGCUUGUCGGCCAUGACCACGAGGGAUGAUAUCUUGUCUCCCCAGUCGACACUUGACGAGACGAGACGACAGCUGUCGGCCAUCAGUCAGCCAGAACAAGAAGUCGCGCCACCUGCAGAGUCUGUCGCAAGCCCAAGUAGCUCGGCGCCAGCUCAUAGCAUCUUCGGUGAGCGUGUCAAGAGGCGCAUACCGCCCAAGCCAAAGCCUGAAGAGCGCUCCACAGAAGAAAGACAAUCAAGUACUGAUGCGUUAGCUGACCCAAGGCCCGAGUUUGGCACAGCUGGUAUGGCUGCAGUCGUCGCGGCAGCGGCACGCGAGAGAAAAGCACGUCAGGAGGCGUCCAAAGCCAUACUUGAGACGGUCAAGCAAGAGCCAGGCUGGUCCUUCGAUGCGUUGGACGAGACGAAGAAGCCUGACAAUGGAUCGCUGUCGCUCGACAACAAGGAGUAUCAAGUAAUUCGAGACAGUGGGUACCAAGAGGGCACGCGAUCACCUCACCGAGCAUCAAGGACCAGUUGCGAGAUCCCAGAUAUUGUCCACACUGGCUCGUCUCCCCGCGAAUCUCCCUCCAAGGACAGCCUUCGACAAAGAAGAUCUCUUGAACCACUCAAGCUAGCUACUAGCCCAGACGACUCCUGGGAGAUCAACAACCCUAAGCAACGUAGCGGUGAUGGACAACGCUCUGCAUCUGCGACACGCUCGCGAACACCCAGUGCGGAGACGCCAUUGAAGCCAACGAGCAAGGACCGCGUGUCAUACCUCUUUCAAUCUCCGCCUGAUGCACUAGCCUCGACUGGCGAGCAGAGCUCCUGCAACAUUGACUCGCAUAGUGGAAAUCCAGUGACACCUCAGAGGUCAGAGAACCACGACUAUUUCAAGACUUCGAGUCCAAGGUUCAGCGAGUCCCAUCAUGGCGACAGCUCAGCACCUCGCGCCAUGUUCUCCCCUGAUGCCACAAACGUCGAUCCUGCUCGGGAGCGUUCGGCCUUUUCGCCAGUCAAUGGUCCUUUGAGCCCAAGAUUAGCCUUGGACUCAAUCCCAGAAGAGCGCCCUACGAGCAAGCGUGGCAAAUCAAAGACUGAUCUCGGCGGUCCUGAGCACAUUAAGGCUGUCAAUCGUGCCGAAACGCCUCAGGGCAUGCGUGCCCGAGAGCAAACACAUUCACCGUCAAUCAGGCCCUCUAUCAACAUCCCUCAGACGAACGCCAGAUCGACAAGUAACCCCCUCUCCACCGACACGCUCAUCAACCGUCUCUCCUGGCCAGAUAUCGAUGAGCAGACGGACACAGUGAACAUCGAUCGACACCUCGGCCACAGACACUCAAGACCAGCGCUCCCCGAUCCACGCUCUCCCAGCGUCGUUAGCAACCGAUCAAACAACAGCGGCACGCACUUCAAGUCACCACAGGAGCUGCGAACCUACAGUCGAACUUCGAAUCGCAGCUCAACUCCAGUGCUCAGACGAACGAGCCUGUCAGGUGACCUGCGGGCCGCUAGCGCGCGGGGCGACGGAUCGACAACGGGAUCGGGAUCGGCUGUUGGCGCUCGAGACUCACCCAAAACAAUUCCCUUCGAAGCUCCGCCAACACCACCACCCAACGACGAUGAGCUGAUGACGGGCAGCGCCUCGCGCGCAAUGGAUAUGAAUGACGAUGUCUUCGGUUACGGCGAUGCACAACAGUCGCAAGUGUCGCCGACGCGACCGCCGAGCGUGCGAAAGCGCCAAAGCAUGCACAUUACAGACCUUGAAUCGCAGCUGGGACAACUAGCCGCAGAGAACCGCGCACUUCGUGAAGCCCAUGAAUAUGCCGACCAGACUAAUGGUGCUGCUCGCGAAGUCAACGGCCAGGCACUGGAGGAAGCAUUAGCUGCACGGGACCAGCAGCUGCAACAAAGGGACCAUGAGAUCAGCGCAAUCCAAGCUAUGCUGCAGCCGUUGCAACAAGAAGUGGCUCGACUGACUGAGAUGAAUGGCGGCCUCACUGAGGCCAACAGGAAUCUCGUCGACGACACCAAUGGCCGCUACGCCACACUCCAGGCCGAACAUGCUCACGCCCAUGAGCAAUGGCAAUCGGCUGCACGAGAGCUGGACGGCAUGCGAAAUGAGCAUGGUCGAGUCACGUCCGGCAUGAAGGACAUCGUCGAAGCCGAGAUCGCCACUGCUCUGGCAGACAAGAACGCCGAGAUCCUUCGACUUCGUGAGCAACUUGAUAUCGCUGCUGAACAGAUUCGAGCCUUGCAGGUUCAAAUCCAGUCGUCAAAGUCAAGCGACUUCCUCAGUCAGCGAGACGAGGACUACUUUGACGGCUCGUGUCAAAAACUCUGUCAGCACGUUCAGCAGUGGGUGCUUCGGUUCUCGAAGCUUUCCGACAAUCGCAUCUGCCGCUUAUCGACAGAUCUUAACGAUGACAACAUCGAGGCCCGACUUGACAAUGCUGUCCUUGAUGGCUCAGACGUCGACAAACUGCUUGGAGACCGCGUACGCCGACGAGAUGUUUUCAUGUCUGUGGUCAUGACGAUGGUCUGGGAGUACGUCUUCACGCGCUACCUGUUCGGCAUGGACCGCGAACAGCGACAAAAGCUGAAGGCACUGGAGAAACUUCUUGCGGAAGUUGGACCGCCCCGUGCAGUGUCCCACUGGCGCGCUACCACACUUACCCUUCUCGCCAAGAGGCCGACCUUCGACAAGCAAUGCACUAUGGAUACUGAAGCAGUAUGUCACGAGAUCUUUGGCGUGCUGUGCUCUUUGUUACCACCACCUUCAAACUCUGAGCAGCAGCUUUUGACUUCGCUGCAGAAGGUCAUCCGCAUUGCGGUCGACUUGUCGAUCGAGAUGCGCACACAACGCGCGGAGUACAUCAUGCUGCCUCCGCUACAGCCAGAGUACGAUACCAAUGGCGACCUUGUCCGCAAGGUCCACUUCAAUGCCUCGCUCAUGAACGAGCGCUCUGGGUUUUUCAGCUCCAACGAAGAGCUGGCCGCAGAACAUGCGGUCGUGAAGAUUGUCCUCUUCCCACUUGUGGUGAAGAAAGGCGAUGAUUAUGGUGAAGGAGAGGAGGAAAUCGUGGUCUGUCCUGCCCAAGUUCUGGUUCAGAACGACGGAGGCAAAGGCAAGAAAGUCGUUAGAGUAAUGUCUGGUGCGAUGGAGAUUGAUGAUCCCAUCAGGAGCAGACAAAGCAAACACAGUCUGGUCAGUGAAGCACCAGGCAGUGUUGGAUUUUGA